AUGUGGGGUGCUUCCAAUAUUGCUCGAGCUUCCGUCAUGGCAUUCAUGACCAAAUCUACACCAACUCAAGUGCUCCUUCCAGCAAGAGCCGUUUCGACAACCACCGCUUUGAGUGCCACCCAAUUCUUGCUCAAGUAUGACUACAUUCCAGACGUUUUGGAAAAGAGAGGUCCCUUCCGAGAGGGUCAUUUGGAUUUGGCCAAACAAUUGAUUGAAGAGGGAACCUGCCUCGCUGGUGGCCCAACUGGUCCUGUGGGCUUGGAGGUACCAACUGGUGCAAUUUUUACUUUCACCACAGAGGAGGCAGCCAAGAAGUUCGUCGAGGGAGAUCCUUAUGUUAGCAACGGUAUUGUGACUCAACAUUCGAUUGAAGAAUGGAAUGUCGUCGUCCAGAAAGAGUAA